GUGUGCAACAUAUUUUGAGCAGUGUAUAACUAAAACAUGUGCACUUUAAAGAUAAUAGUUUGUCCACAUAUAUGUAUGUAGUGUUGAAGGAAGUGAUGAUGUUUCUAUUUAUAUAUUUAUUUGCAGCAGUCACUUUAUUUUACUGUCUGUGUUGUAUGUUUUCAGCGACCCAGUCUCCCCAUAUGGAUCAAUAAAGUUGUACUGUACUGUGGGACAGGUCCGCUCCUGAACACCGGGGGCGCUGUUGCACUUUAUUCAUCGUUCCUCCUGGAAAAAUACUGUCAAUAUUAUCGCUUCCGUGUAGCCAUCAUAUCAACAAAGACUCCACAGCCCCACACGGCUAGCUAGUUAUGCAUUUCAGAUAGCACUGCGACGUUUUUUUAGACCUGUCGGGGUUGUUUUUUAGGACUGAAUAGGUUUCUUUCGUCCAAAAGGCCGAGUGUCGACAAUGACAAUGUCGAUAGCCAUGGACUUCCAUUCUCAAAUUGCCUCCAUCAUGGAGGUGCUGGCUAACGCUGCCGUCGCAGAGAUUUGUAAAGUUGUGGACGACGGCUACUCGGUGGUUCAUCUGGAAAUGUCCCGGAGCCAGAAGGAGAACGAGUUCCUGCGGAGGAAGAUCAAACUGCUGGAGCUGCAGGUCGCCAGGUACCGAGCGGAGAGAGUGAAGGGAGCGGAGGGUUCCAUCAGCAGCCGCUUCCCCGGAUUCCGCCUCCUCCACCGGCAGAGCAGGGACUCGCUGGCCGGCCCCUCUCUGCAAGGCAGGACCAGGUUUCUGAACCGAGGUCCAGGGACUCAACAGUCCAUGCAGAAGACCCAGCCUAUCAACCUGGACCAGGAUCCUGAUCAGGAGGUCGUCACCACCACCAAAACUGAGUCAGCAGAGCCUGAAGAUGAGGGGGAGCUGCUGAUAGUGAAGGUGGAGGGAGCGGUUGAGACCGGAACCACCAACCACGGCGCCUGCAUCAACAGCAGAGGAGGUUCGGACACCGGCACGCGGCUCCCUGACGCCUCGAAGGAUGCGAACGACAGACGGCCAGCCAGAAGCCGCAGCGGAAUGGAGGGCCAGAGAUACGUGACAAACACGAGCAGCUCUCAGAGCGAGGAGGAAAAGAUGGAUGGAGUGCAAGAGGAACACAGUCCCUCCCAAACGCUGCUGGAAUGGCAGGAGAGCGGUGAGACUGAAGAUAUGGAGCGGCCAUCAUGCUCCACAUAUGCACCAGAAUCCGUGGCAGGAAACUCAUCAUUUAACCAAAUAGGGACAAACCCCGCCUCGGUUUUCCCUGUGGAUUCUAAACAGCCGCAGUGCGCCAUGGAGCAGGCGAGGUCCACGUCUAAGCUUGAAGUGGUUGUUGCAACCAACUCGCUUCCACAUGCGGCGGAGGACGGCUGCGGCAGGGCGUUGCCGUCCGGACUAAGUGGAGAGGAAAGAGCUGAGGAAGUGACGCCUCUAAUAGGUCAGGGCAACAGCAGCCCAAGGUCGCAGUAUGGGCCACUGCUGUGCAUUCAGAUCAACGAGACGCCCAGUGAAGUGUUGUUUGACGGCAGUACAGCCUACAGUAAUCACAUCUCUACCUUUAACAAUCCCCCUGUCACAAUGGCAACCGUGGACUCCCAGCAAACCCAGCAUUCUUGGUCCAGAAUCCGGGACUUAGACAGCCUCCACUUCUCCAGUCAGAACCACCUUUAUCAAGCAUCUAGCAGCCAGAACCCAGAGUCUGGGUCAGCACAGUCUCAGCAGCCCUGCCUCCCCUACGCCUGCACCUUCUGUUCUCGCCGUUACGCCCACCAGUGCCAGCUGCGCAUCCACGAGCGUGUCCACACGGGCGAGAAGCCCUACCAGUGCGUCCAGUGCGGGAAGAGCUUCGGCCAGGUCUGCAGCCUCAAGCGCCACCAGAUGGUGCACACGGGGGAGAGGCCGUUCCCCUGCCCCCACUGCGGGAAGCAGUUCUCCACCUCCACCAACCUAAAGGUCCACCAGAGUGUCCACACCGGGGAGAAGAGGUUCCACUGCUCCAAAUGUGGCAAGAACUUCUCUUUCCUCAGCAACCUCAUUAGGCACCAGGCCCUGCACACCGCCAAGUGUGGGGACCGUUACAACAGGAUGGGGAGCUGCGUGGAUUUCCACUCUCAGCUGGCGUCCAUCAUGGAGGUCCUAGCUAACGCGGCGGUGGCUGAGAUCUGUCAGCUCGUGGACGACGGCUUCGCCACCCUGAGGCUGGAGAUAUCCCGCAGCCAGAGGGAGAACCAGGUCCUGAAGAGCAGACUGCGGCUGCUGGAGGUCCGUUCAGGAGAGCAGGCCCACAGAGAGCCCACCCCCCCGCCUCUGGUGGUGACCUGUGCCAGGAAAGAUCAUCACUUAGGAGAAGACGGUCUUGUCAUCGGCAAAAAAAAAGUCACUCUGGAGAACGCUCAGCGGUCACAGGUCAGUGCUGCUGUCACUGCAACGGUCAGCUUCUCUUCUCUUCUCCCACCUUAUCAUAUCAUACAACUGACAAAGCCGUUGGAGCCAGAGGUGGUGGUGCUGAUAAAGAAGGAACGGCUGGAGGAGGAGCUGCCAGGCUGCAGUGUGCUGGAAGACCGUCAGACAGUUCCCAACAGCAGCAUUGGACCUCCGUCUCUCUCUCUCGCUGCUGAGGGCGACCGCCCUCUGAGUGCUGAAGCAGAGACCCCCAGAGUCAGCACGUCGGGUCAGGAUGAAAAACAGGACUUUGACAGACCUGAAGCUCAGCAGCAGGCUGAGAACGAGGGAGUGGGGGAGGGUCGGUACUCUCAUCCAGCAGACCAGAGCCAAAGAGCCCCCCCGAGGGGUUCUGGUCCAAACAGAGCCGGGGAAAUGAUGCACUCGAACGUAGGAGGCGACAGACAGGUUGUGGAUGCCAGUGACUCUCUGUCUGGUCCCGAUGUGGAGACUCCAAUGAUCAAGACCCUGGAUUCAGAGCUGUCACUGACAGCAGGAGUGAAGGGUUUGUGUGGUGCUGUGGCAGACUGGAGGGGAGAGGCAACAAAAGUCAAACUGGAGACGCAACCUUCCUGGUCUGAAGCCUUCAGGACCCAGAAUCCUUUAGUCGCGGGAACAGAAUGUGUGAGUAACUCUAACAGUCAGCACCCAGAGAGCGGACCGGCAGAUCUGGACACCAGCAGCCUGGACUCUUCCUCCUUCGAUGACCUGUUCUCCUCCCCAGAGGUGGCCAGGUCCCUGACAGCUUCCCUUAGACACUCUGCGGACGGAGUCACAGGCGUAGAGGAGCCGCUAUCAUCCUCGUCUUUUCCUUUCCUGAGCAGUGGAAGCAGCUUCGGGAACUCUUCGACGUCGGACUCUCUAACCGCCUUCAGCAGCGCGUCCUCUGACUCUAGGAGCUUUCCCAGAGGCACGCAGCGAGCAUUCAGCUGCCAGCAGUGCGGCCGGCAAUUCUCCACCUCCAGGGACCUGGCGGUGCACCAGCGCUGCCACGGCGGGGAGAGGAUCUACCACUGCCACCUCUGCAAGAAGCCCUUCAUCCACCCGCACCAGCUGAAAACUCACCAGCGGGUGCACACCGGGGAGAAACCUUUCAGCUGCGCGCAGUGUGGCAAGCGCUUCUCCCAGUCCAGCCACAUCAAGAGACACAUGAGCGUCCACACGGGGGAGAAGCGCUACAGCUGCGGCCUGUGCGGGAAGCGUUUCUCGCAGGCCUGCAGCCUCAAGGUGCACCAGGCCGUGCACACAGGAGAGAGACCCUACAGCUGCACCAAGUGCGGCAAGAGCUUCUCCGUGCUGGGAAACCUGGUCCGCCACCAGAGCGUCCACAUCAGCAAGUGAACACAGAGAAAGAAGCAGAGGGGGACUGAAGUGAGGCAGACAUGUCAUCAUGUGCAUAUGAAGUCAGUAGGGCUCAUUCUAACGUCAGAAAGUGUUUAUCAGACUGAAUGUUGUCCUGUGCUGUUGUCAUUUAUACACCUUCAUGUUUACAAUAAAAAAACAGCCUCAGAUGA